AUGGCGCUCCUCAUCCGCAUCCUGACCGUGUGGCCGGCCCUGGCCGGCCUGCUGGUCACCGUGGCCAUCAUCCCGCUGACGUGGCUGCUGGGGAAGCUUCUCGCCAAGGCCAGGCGGCAGGCCAUGGUGGCGGCGGACGCGAGGGUGAAGCUGAUCACUGAGGUCAUCACGGGCAUCAAGGCCAUCAAGCUGUACGCGUGGGAGGAGCCCUACAUGGAGCGCAUCAGCGCCCUCAGGGAGGAGGAGCUGCGACACAUCAGGCGCACGCAGCUGCUCAGCAUGGUCAACAUGACAGUGUUCAACACGGGCCCUGUGCUGGUGUCCCUAGCCGCCUUUGGCGUGUACGCCGCCAUGGGGCGCCCCCUCACGGCCGCUGUGGCCUUCCCAAGCCUGGCCCUGUUCAACCUGCUGAGGUUCCCAAUCGUCAUGAUCCCGGCCCAGAUUAUGAACCUCAUCGCCGCGCACGUCGGCAUGGGUCGCAUGCGCAAGUUCAUGGACUCAGAGGAGAUGGAGACCCCGGCCCACCCAGACGCCCCGCACACCCCGGCAGCCGGCCCCGCCGACGCCGCGGCCCCCCCGGCCAAGCCGCCGGCCGCCGCCGCCGCGGCGGCGGACGCGUCCAACCUGGGCGCCGACCAAGACGCGCGCGGCGGCGUCAACGGCGCGGCGCCCGCUGCAAUCAGCAUCGACGGCGGCAGCUUCGCUUGGGAGAUCGAGGGCCCGCCGGUUCUGCACAACAUAAAGCUCGAGGUGCCAGCUGGCGCCCUGGCCAUCGUGGUCGGCCCCGUCGGCUGCGGCAAGAGCAGCCUCCUGUCUGCCGUGCUGGGGGAGAUGGUUGCCGUCGAGGAAGUCGAGCAGGCAGAUCUGCCUGCUGGGGAUGAGCAGGAGGGGCGGGGCGCGGUCGUGCGGCGCUGCAAGGCGCGGGCGGCGGUGCGGGGCGGCCUGGCGUACACGGCGCAGGACAGCUGGAUCCAAAACGCGACGCUGCGGAACAACAUACUCAUGGUGGGCGGGGGGUCUGCCGUAUGA